CGUUUCGGGUUUGUUUUGACAAGAGAUCCAUAGACUAAGACAACAUAGGGGAGGGGAGGAGAUGGUGGGUGUCAUAACCGCUCAAAACUAUAAAAGAAAGGGAACGAAGAUCGGGCACGCGACGAUUGGUAGUCGGGGGUUGGGGUUCGGUCUUGUGUGUCCAGAUGUUGCGGACAAUUAUCAUAUCAGCAGCACAUCAUUUGCAGUUAAGUGAAAAAGCAGAUUGAGCCGCGAUCGGAAGAAAGAGAGCGAGGGGCCACUUCCUUAAUAAGCUUCUCCCUUGGGUCCGAGCGAUCAGUAUUACGUAGACUCUAGCCGCGAAAGGAACCAGCAUCGAGCAUGAAGAACUCCAACUCCAUGGAUUGCGAGACCUGCUAUUAUGUGGAUAUUAACAAAUCAUGGCUCAGCCAGACCCAAGGCUAUACGGACUACAGCUAUGGCUAUGAUCAGAUGUAUAAUCAGGGAUACCAUGAAAUGGAGGCCACCUGGUCGUCGUCCAACGAUGCCCACGAGCUGGAUGCCACGCAGCAGGAACAGCACAGAUCACCCGCCAGGCAAGACGAGCCAGUCCGAGACUCCAAUCCGAAGGCCAGGACAGCAACCACCUCGCAGCGCAAGGAGCGCACAGCAUUCACCAAGUCGCAGCUGAAGGAGCUGGAGAGCGAAUUCCUCUACUCAAACUAUCUGACGCGCCUGAGACGGUACGAAAUCGCUGUGGCCCUGGAGCUGACGGAGCGGCAGGUGAAGGUUUGGUUCCAGAAUCGCCGCAUGAAGUGCAAACGCAUCAAGCUUGAGGAAGGAGGAGCCACCAAAACGCACUGCUAGUUUGUACAGGGAC